CCGGCGCCGUGACGUCACGCCUUGGAGCUGAGGCCGCCGGGGCCGUGCGGGGAGCGGGCGGCGAGGGGCGGCGGCAUGGCGGAGAGCGAGGCCGAGACCCCCAGCACCCCGGGGGAGUUCGAGAGCAAGUACUUCGAGUUCCACGGCGUGCGGCUGCCGCCCUUCUGCCGCGGGAAGAUGGAGGAGAUCGCCAACUUCCCCGUGCGGCCGAGCGACGUGUGGAUCGUCACCUACCCCAAGUCCGGCACAAGCCUGCUGCAGGAGGUGGUCUACCUGGUGAGCCAGGGCGCCGACCCCGAUGAGAUCGGCCUGAUGAACAUUGAUGAGCAACUCCCAGUGCUGGAGUACCCGCAGCCGGGCCUGGACAUUAUAAAGGAACUGACCUCUCCCCGCCUCAUCAAGAGCCACCUCCCCUACCGCUUCCUGCCCUCCGACCUCCACAACGGCGACUCCAAGGUCAUCUACAUGGCUCGCAACCCCAAGGACCUGGUGGUGUCCUACUAUCAGUUCCACCGCUCCCUGCGGACCAUGAGCUACCGAGGCACUUUCCAGGAAUUCUGCCGGAGGUUCAUGAACGACAAGCUGGGCUAUGGCUCCUGGUUUGAGCACGUUCAGGAGUUCUGGGAGCACCGCACAGACGCCAACGUGCUCUUCCUCAAGUACGAGGACAUGCACCGGGACCUGGUGACCAUGGUGGAGCAGCUGGCCAGGUUCCUGGGUGUGUCCUGUGACAAGGCCCAGCUGGAGUCCCUGACUGAGCACUGCCACCAGCUGGUGGACCAGUGCUGCAAUGCCGAGGCCCUGCCCGUGGGCCGGGGGAGAGUGGGGCUGUGGAAGGACAUCUUCACCGUCUCCAUGAACGAGAAGUUCGACUUAGUGUACAAACAGAAGAUGGGGAAGUGCGACCUCACGUUUGACUUUUAUUUAUAAUGACGGAAGCGGCGAACUUGCAUGCGGUCCCCAGACGCUCCUAGCUAAACGUCCUGUAUGCAUUCAUUUAUUCCUUGCUGGACACACCUGGAAGCAGCGUGUAACCGCGGGGAAGGAACCCACGGAGACCCCGAAGUGUGCCAGUCUCCAGCCACAGCUGCGUCUCGCCUUUAGUGUUUGAAGUCUUCACGUGUUUGAUGCUGUGUCUGAUGCAAAUCUUAUACAAAUUACAGUCCGCGGCCGGCAUCCUAAGUACGAAGUCCGAGCCAUAGGCAGCUCCCGCCUCUGCCUCGGGCUGCCCCAUCUACUUACUGUAUUUUCCAGAGCUUUUCACUGGAAAUCUAAAUAAAUACAGUAAAACGAGUAAAAGUUCUUUUCCGAGGGGAAGCAAGAGUGAGUCACCACCCAGUGGCAGAAGCUCUCCGAAGGCCUCUUUUCAGUAGCAGUUGCCCAAGCCCUGCAUGGUGCUGUCCCUUGGUUCUGAGGUACCUGUGAAAACAGGAUGAGGUGGGGUGCAGGGGAGCUGGAGUUGGUGUGUUCUGCUGGAGUUCAACCCUUGUGACUUUGCAGGCAUCUUCGAAGACUUCGGGACGGGGGUGCUCAGGCGCUCCCCCCUGCCUGCACACGGACACCCAGCACUGGAGUCAGAUCCUGCAGGCUUUCCUUUUGUCCCCUGGAGUAGUGACAUGCACCGGCGAGCAGAGGCGUUGUAGCACAGCACUUUUCUAGAAGUCCUGGGUCUCUAGUUUUUAGCUUGUUCCCCAUGUGCCUGAGGCUUUCCGCUGAGAACCCUUUUGCAAGUUAAGCGCCCUCUGUCCACCCACCCCUUAGUACGUCUGGGGCAGUGGCCAUGUCUGUACUGCCCACCACUUGCUUCCUUGCUGGCCCGUUUGGCUGGAGGAGGAAUGGGGAACCGGCCAGGUGGGAGGUGCCGGAGUUCGGCUCUGUCCCCCGUGGGGCAGGGCUGUGCUGUUGGGGCAAGUGGUCUCUGAAGCAGGCGCAGAUGGGAGCCUGAGUUUCCGUCUGUCUGGGAGAAGCUGGGCCGGGGCCAGGGCACGUGGGUGGCGGGCGCGGGUGGCAGCACCUUUUCUGUGUGUCUGGGAGGGAGGCUGCUUUCUGUGAAAUUUCAUUUCUAUUUUUCUAUUUUUAGUACCGUAUGGAUAUUACUGGGCACUACACAUGAUAUUUCUGUGCUUGCUUGCAUCUUUAAUAAAGACACCUUCCCUGCC